UAAAAAAGCUGUCUCCCCAUUGCACCAAAUCCACACCAAGCUCUUAAACCAGUAAGUGUAGUAGCAAUAAUCUAGAGCUAGCCAUGGCUUCCAACAAGCUCUACAGCACUAUUUUUGUGCUAUCUUUGCUUUUUUCCUCAACAUUAACAAGUGCUUGUGGUUCAUGCAACCCCUCAGUCAAGCCCUCACCGCCUCCGAGAUCUUGCCCUACAUUGAACCUAGGAGUUUGUGUAGACCUUCUCGGACUGGUUAACGUUGUGGUUGGAGACCCUCCUUCUGGUAGCAAAUGCUGUGCUUUGAUUAAAGGAUUGGCCGAUUUGGAAGCUGCUUUGUGUCUAUGCACUGCCAUCAAAGCCAAUGUGCUUGGAAUUAACUUGGACGUGCCAGUUACACUCGGUUUACUCCUUAGUGCAUGUGCCAAGACACUUCCUCCAAACUUCCAAUGUCCCAGUUAGGAAGUUGUUUAUCAAGAUCUCUUCUUCAUUAUGUGUUGUGUCAUCUCACGCAUAUAUGUGCUUAUUGUUUCUGGUUGUUUUGCUUAUUAUUUUCUUUUUCCUUUUUGUAUGUGUUUUCUGUGAUUUGUUCUUUCAAAUAACUAGGCAAGCCAUUUUGCCUAUGCCUGUUGUAAUGUGUUGUUAAUGUUAUGACUCAUUAAAUUAUUCUCUAAUCUGAAAUUA